GCUCGCCGCUUGUCCAAAGGGCUGUGGCGACCUGAGAUUCGAAUACCCCUUCGGCGUUGGGGGCGGCUGCUUCCGGCAACCAGACUUCGAGCUCAUCUGCGACCAUCACGACAAGACGAUGCCACCCCGACUUUUCCUCCACGACGGCACCACGGAGGUCAUCGACGACAUCAUCACCCCAGGUUUUGGUUCUUACAACCACUACCAGGAUGUUGAUAUACAAUUUUCACAUGUCAUCACCUUGAAACCUGGUUUGAAUGAGUACACCGUGCCCUGGAAAGCACCUGGGAGAUCCUUUAGCCUUGAUACUGCAUAUUUUAAUAUCACUGGUUGCGACUUUGAUAUUUACCAGCUCGACCGUGACCUGAACACGGGCCAGAGGCUUUGCACAGUUCGUUGUCCGAAUGAGCAAAUCACGGAUCUAAUGGCUCGGGAGAGCUGCAACGGUACAGGAUGUUGCUCUAUUAUGAUGGAAGGUAGCGACUUCGAGCUCAAGUUUAUCCGCCACGGGGUAGAGAAGGACCAGCCGCCACCCCAUAAGAGGAGCACCCUUUGGAAUAGAAUCAAUGUAACUUCUUGGCAUUUUGGUCUCACUUGGACAAUCGCGGAUGAAUCAUCAUGCUCCGCCGCAUUGGACAACAUGACGAACUAUGCCUGCGUCAGCAGCCACAGCGUGUGCAUGCCUAACAACCUCAGGUCAAUAAUAGGUUACAUGUGUGCCUGUGAUGAAGGUUAUGCAGGCAAUGCUUACAUAACUGAUGGAUGUCAUCGUGACAAAGGCUAUAAUCCAGUUCAACAGAAAUCUAAUUGCACUCGAAACUGCGGGAACAUCAGCGUUCCUUUUCCGUUUGGUCUAGAAGAAGGUUGUUUUGCUAGGGAGUCAUUUCAUCUCAAGUGCACAGACAUGACAUCAUCAACCCUGCAAUUUGGGUAUGAAGGGGGAGACCGACAAUACAUAACUUACAUCAGUAUUAGCGAGGGUCAUGUGGGCUUUGAAUACACAUCAAAUUAUAUGGAACCAUUCUUCAGAUCGCUCGUAGAUAAUGAGCCUAAUCUCUACCGUGGUUUAGGGCAGUCCGCCUCUGUUCAAUGGGCAGUCGCUAAUCUAACCUGCCAGGAGGCACGUCUCAACAGCUCAGGGUAUGCUUGUGUGAGCGUCAAUAGCAUUUGCUUGGGCGUCAGCUCCACGAAUGAGUACAGAAAUGUAUACAUUGGUUAUCGUUGUAUGUGCAAGGACGGAUUUCAAGGAAACCCAUAUAUUCCAAGUGGUUGUGAAGAUAUUGAUGAGUGUGAGACUCCUGGUAUUUGUAAAGGGGUUUGUCAUAAUACUAUUGGAAGCCACAAUUGCACCGCAUAUUUGAUGAACACUGUCAUUGCAGGUAUUGUCAUUGGGCUAAGCGUUGGUUUUGGCAUUCUACUUCUCAUCAUAAUUGCAAUAUUUCUUAUCCGAAGGUGGAAAUUAGAUAUCAAAAAGCAAUUGCGAAGAAAGUAUUUCAAAAAGAACCAGGGUCUUCUUCUAGAACAAUUGAUUUCUUCUGAUGAAAAUGCGAGCGACAAAACAAAGAUUUUCUCCUUGGCAGAGCUACAAAAGGCAACAAAUAACUUUGACCACACGCGUAUCGUUGGUCGUGGAGGGCAUGGCAUGGUAUACAAAGGCAUCCUAUCUGACCAACGAGUAGUGGCCAUUAAAAAGUCUAAAGUCACUGCACAAAUUGAGAUUAGUCAGUUCAUCAACGAGGUUGCUAUCCUCUCACAGAUAAACCAGCGAAAUAUUGUGAAGCUCUUUGGAUGUUGCCUUGAGACUGAGGUUCCACUACUUGUGUAUGACUUCAUACCUAAUGGUUCAUUAUUUGGUGUUCUUCAUAAUCCAAACAACAACUCUUCCUUGUCGUGGGAUGAUUGCUUAAGAAUUGCAAUAGAAGCAGCUGGAGCCCUUUCUUACCUUCAUUCAGCUGCUUCUGUAUCAAUCUUUCAUCGUGAUGUGAAGUCGACAAAUAUACUCCUGGAUGGGAAUUAUACAGCAAAGGUGUCAGACUUUGGUGCUUCGAGGUUGGUUCCUAUUGAUCAGACCCAUGUUAUGACGAAUAUACAAGGUACAUUUGGGUACUUAGAUCCAGAAUAUUAUCACACUGGCAUUUUAAAUGAGAAGAGUGAUGUGUACAGUUUCGGUACGGUACUUGUGGAGUUGCUCCUUCGAAAGGAGCCUAUUUUUACCACUGACUCUGGGCUAAAGCAAAACUUAUCCAAUUACUUCCUUUGGGAGAUAAGGGAGAAACCACUUGCAGAAAUUGUAGCUGCUCAGGUUCUCAAGGAAGCAACCAAGGAAGAGAUUAGUGGUGUAGCCUGUGUCGCGGAGAUUUGUUUGCGUCUUCGAGGUGAAGAAAGACCUACUAUGAAACAAGUCGAGAUGAAAUUGCAGCAUCUGCGAUUGGAGAGGUUGAGAAUGUGCGAGCUUGCUGCAAAAGACGAAGACAUUCAACCUCUGUCGACCGUACAAAGCCAAGUUGGUCAUCGGUCUUUAGCUACUGCAGCUCGUAAGGUGGGAAGCUCAAAUUCAUCUUCCGAGAGAAGCCAAAACUGUUAUAGCUUGGAGCAAGAAUUUAUGUCAUCAGCGACUCUACCACGCUAGAUAUUAUCCAGCUUCUAAUAUUGUGUUCUGGUUUUCACUUUCCUAAGUACACUUACUAGAGACGAAUGAAUAUAGUGCUUUCUCUGAUGACGAUUACAACUUGUAUAUCUGAAAUGGUCAGCUUGUAGAUUUCCACCAGACCAGCACCACGCAUGACUACAUGGCCGAGGA